UCCUAGUCCAGUCCACGAACCAACACGAUUCGAAUUAUUUCCAUCAGAGAGUGCACCAUCACGCCGCUUGCAUUCGCCCCAUCAGUCACCCUAUACAGCCAUGGGCUCAGACCUCCCAGCCGGAUCAAGCAGCAAGCCGGCCGCCCCAGCAGCAGCGGCUGCUGCACCCGCCAGCGGGCCGUCGAGCUACCGCAGCCCACGUGUCGAGGACGAGGAGGACGAUGACGACCUCGACGACCUCGAUGACGUCCUCGACUCGUUCAACGCCCCGCCUAAACCCACUCUGGGGAAGCGUGCCCAGCCAGACCAGUCGCCCGCGUCAGCAGCAGCCCCCGCCUCUAGCUCGCUACGACCUCCUGCUGGUGCUGCUGCUGCCCUGGGCGCGGGCGCGGGCACGGGCCUGGGCGACCUCGACGAUGAGGAUUUCGAGGCCUCGCUCGUCGAGGGCAUGGAGGCGCUCCUGCGUUCGCUGGCGAACGAGCACCCACCGGGACCAGCAGCCGACGGCAAGAAGCUCGACACGCCGAGCAAGAAGGCCGUUGACGGCGCCCCUGGCCUGAGCUCGGAGGAGGAGGAGAAGGCGUUCCAGCGGGCCAUCGAGAUGAUGCUCUCCAACGAGGGCAUCGAGGCGCUCGGCAUCGACGACAAGGCCAAGGCUGGCGCGUCGGCACCCUCGCCGCGCCGUGCACCGGCCUCUGGCGGUGCCGCCGCUGGACCAAGCGCCGCUCGCGCAACGAGCUUUGAGGAGACGAUCCGCAAGACGAUGGAGUCGAUCAACGCUGGUGGUGCGAAUGUCGGUGCUGGCGGUGACGACACGGACCUCGCUGCGCUGUUGAGGCAGCUCGGCUCGGACCCGUCGGCGCUUGACGGCCUCGGCGACGAGGACGACGACCUCGGAGGCCUGCUCGACGGAAUGAUGGCGCAGCUUAUGAGCAAGGAGGUGUUGGAGGAGCCAAUGGCUGAGCUUGCUGCGAAGUACCCCGAGUAUCUCGCCAAGCCGCCGUCGACCGCCACCCCCGCCGACCUGGAGAAGUACCGCCAGCAGCACAAGCUGGUUCAGCAGAUUGUCGAAACGUUCAAGAAGCCCGGCUACACCGACGAGCGCGACGGCAAGGAGGUUGCGCGCCUCGUUGGCGAGAUGCAGGACCUCGGCGGCCCUCCCACCGAGAUCAUGGGCGACCUGCCAGAGGGCUUUGACUUUGCCAACCUUGGAAACGACGAGCAGUGUGUGAUUAUGUAGUGGGGAUGUGGGGUAAUAGAUGGUCGGUGCCACAGCAGUCAUGUCACAUUGCACAAAUCUGGG